AAUUGUGGAUGUGAAUCUCUCCGCAUUCGACUAUUAAUCUUCAUUCGAUCAAUAUAUCAGAAAACUUGAUACAACUAGCUAUAAGACUCUAGAGAUACCAUCCAGCGUACGUGAUAAACUUUUCAUCACAAAUUACGUGCUGGGAUGGAGUUUCAUAAGUUGAGCUUCAUAUUGGUCAUUUUUGUCACCCUUGUAACAUUACUCUCCUUGAAUUUCCUACCUACGUCCCAAUAUCUCAUUGCGGAAACUGAUCGAUCAGCUUUACUUGCUUUCAAAAAUGCGAUAAACAGUCCAUUGGGAGCACUGAGUUCAUGGAAUGAGUCGUCUCAUUGCAGUAACUGGACGGGGAUUACAUGUAGUCGUCGGCAUCCAGGCAGGGUCACCACCUUGAGUCUACAAUCCAUGAGUUUGCUAGGUCCAAUAUCUCCAUACAUAGGAAAUCUUUCAUUCUUAAAGAUUGUCUCUCUAUAUGACAAUCACUUCACCGGCCAAAUUCCUCAAGAUAUUGGUCGUUUACUUCGUCUUCAGGUUCUCUGGUUAUCAAGUAAUAAACUUACAGGAAAUAUUCCUAAGAACAUAACCUCGUGCACAGAACUCGAAAAUUUCUCAUUAGUGAACAAUGAGCUAGUAGGGGAAAUUCCUACCGAGCUCGGUUCCUUAUCUAAGCUUCAAAAACUGAAUCUCUCAGAAAACCUCCUGGCAGGAACCAUCCCAGUUUCACUUUCAAACCUUUCGGCUCUGGAUUCGCUUUAUUUGUCCUCCAACAAUUUACACGGUUACAUUCCAUCCGAGCUUAGCAAGUUAUCUAGAUUAGAAAUAUUUCAAAUUUCUGGAAAUAAUUUAUCAGGAAAUGUUCCACCCCAACUUUUUAACAACUCCUUAAUCAAUGUUUUUGCGGUGUCCUAUAAUAAACUUGGUGGAUCCAUUCCACACUAUAUUGGAACUACGCUCCAAAAUCUCCAAUAUCUUUAUUUAAGCGGGAAUCAUUUUCAUGGCUUGUUACCAAAUUCGAUUUCUAAUAUUUCCAGUUUAUCUGAAGUAUCUGUCCCUCAGAAUCAGUUCAGCGGACCUGUACCGGGGUGCUUUGCAAGGUCUCACUUUUCUUAAUUUUGAAGAUAAUCAUUUCGGAAUUGGUGAAGCAGAUGAUCUUAGCUUUUUUAAUUCAUUAUCAAAUUCCAGUACGUUGGAAGUACUUUCUAUAGCUGGCAACAAUUUAUCUGGACGACUGCCGGAUUCUGUAGCCAACCUCUCGACUAAGCUUACCAUGUUAUAUAUUUGGUGAAAUUCCACCUGGAUUUGAGAACCUUGUGAAUCUAAACGGACUAGGCGUGGAACGUAACCAGUUAACCGGAAGCGUUCCUGUUUCCAUAGGAAAGCUUCGCAAUCUAGUAUAUGUUUCGUUGGGGCGUAACCGAUUCUCCGGACAAAUUCCAUCAAACAUUUGCAAUGGCACUCAGCUAGAUCGAAUUGAUUAUAUGGGAAAUAGAUUGCAAGGUAGAAUACCACCAAGUAUAGGCGACUGUCGAAAACUGACAAAGUUGUGGCUUUCACGGAAUCAACUUGUUGGUCCGAUUCCAAAACAACUCAUUGGUCUUUCUGUUGGAAAACGAUUAAUAAAAAAAUAAUUUUUUAAAGUUUUAAUAAAAAAUUAUAAUUUAUUGUUUUA